AUGAGCGCCCCUCCGCCCAACGAAGCAGAGAAGAAUAUCGAGAUCUGGAAGGUCAAGAAGCUGAUCAAGCGUCUUGAAUCCGCUCGUGGAAAUGGAACUUCCAUGAUCUCGCUCAUUAUUCCCCCCAAGGAUCAGAUCAGCAGAGCAGCAAAGAUGUUGGCUGAAGAAUAUGGUACCGCAUCCAACAUCAAGUCGCGAGUGAACCGUCUCUCCGUCUUGUCCGCCAUUACCUCUACUCAGCAGCGUCUGAAGCUCUAUAACAAAGUCCCUCCCAAUGGACUGGUCGUGUACUGUGGUGAAAUUAUCACCUCGGAAGGAAAGGAGCGCAAAAUUAACAUCGAUUUCGAACCCUUCAAGCCCAUCAAUACCUCCCUCUACCUCUGUGACAACAAGUUCCACACCGAAGCCUUGAGCGAGCUUCUCGAGGCUGACAAGAAGUUCGGUUUCAUCGUUAUGGAUGGUAACGGUACAUUGUUCGGUACCCUCAGUGGUAACACCCGUGAGAUCCUCCAGCGUCUCUCUGUCGAUCUGCCCAAGAAGCACGGUCGUGGUGGUCAAUCCGCUUUGCGUUUCUCGCGUCUGCGUGAGGAAAAGCGCCACAACUAUGUUCGCAAGAUCGCUGAAUUGGCUGUCCAGAAUUACAUCACUAACGACAAGCCCAAUGUUGCUGGUAUCGUUUUGGCGGGUUCUGCUGAUUUCAAGAACGAUCUCAACGCCUCUGACCUGUUCGACGGUCGUCUGCAGUCCAAGGUCAUCAAGGUUGUUGAUGUUUCCUACGGUGGCGAGAACGGUUUCAACCAGGCCAUCGAACUGGCUGGCGAGACCCUGAGCAAUGUCAAGUUCGUCCAGGAGAAGAAGCUCAUUGGUCAGUAUUUCCAGGAGAUCAGUCAGGAUACCGGCAAGGUCUGCUACGGCAUUGAAGAUACCCUCAAGGCACUGGAGCUUGGUGCUGCUGAAAUCUUGAUCGUUCACGAGAACCUGGAAGUCACCCGCUGGGUCAUGAAGACUUCGGCAGGCACUGAGGUUGUUCUGCACACGAACAAGACCCAGGAGGCCAACCGUGAACUUUUCCUUGACAAGGACACUGGUGCGGAAAUGGAGGUUAUCGACUCAAGCUCCUUCCUCGAGUGGCUCGCUGAGGCCUACAAGGACUUCGGAGCCACCCUUGAAUUUGUGUCUGACCGAUCCGGCGAAGGAAACCAGUUCGUCAAGGGAUUCGGUGGUAUUGGUGCUAUCCUCCGAUACAAGGUCAACUUUGAACAGCUUGCCGAUGUCAGUGACGAUGACGAGUUCUACGAUGAGAGCGAGGAUGAACGGCCAGAAGCUCCCGCGGCGAGCCUUUUGACGGCUCGCCCCGUGGAACAUGACAGCGACUCCCGCGAUGGAACCAAGGCGUCCGUAGAGGAUAACCACCACCGGCCUGGUCCAAACGCAGCGACGCUGCUCAGAGUGUCAUCCAAGCUCCAUGAUACACACACUGGGGUCACCCCGGUGUCUGAGAUGAAGGAACAAAUUGCAAUGAGAAGGUUGGGUGCUGUUAGCAACAGCAUUUGGUCAUCCACCGCUGCUUGCACUGCUUACUCGAUGUAA